CCGUACAGUGCACUCCUCGGGACCUUGCCUACUGUGUGACUGUGUGUGAGCAACGAAAAACGUUUUGCGUUUCUGGAGUGGCACCGUUAGACAUACCGAACAGAACCUUUAAAAAGAAAAAACUAUGGCCAACAGCGCGCAGCAGCCUCCUCAACUGCAUCUGGCGGAGUUCACCGCGUCGCAGUUUUUGGACAUCUGGAAACACUUCGAUGUGGACGGGAAUGGCUACAUAGAGGGGAAGGAACUGGAAAACUUCUUCCGGGAGCUGGAAGUGGCCCGACGAGGAAAAGGCGCAGAUGCAUCAGGUGUUGCUUUCAGGGAAAAGAUGAAGGAGUUCAUGCACAGAUUUGACAAGAAUGCAGAUGGCAAAAUAGAGAUGUCGGAGUUAGCUCAAAUCCUUCCCACAGAAGAGAACUUCCUGCUCUGUUUCAGGAUGUUUGUAGGAUCUAGCGCCGAGUUUAUGCAGGCUUGGAGAAAGCAUGAUGAGGAUCGCAGUGGUUACAUUGAGUCCAAUGAGCUGAAGGGCUUCCUGUCUGACCUGCUGCAGAAGGCCAACAGACAAUACGACGACAAGAAGCUGAAUGAGUACACACAGACCAUCCUGAGGAUGUUUGACUUGAAUGGUGAUGGAAAACUUGGCCUGUCCGAGAUGGCGAGGCUCCUCCCCACAGAAGAGAACUUCCUGCUCAAGUUCCAGAGCAUCAAAGUAUCUGCUGAGCAGUUCCACUCCAUCUUCAACUACUACGACAAAGAUGGCAGCGGAUACAUCGAUGAGCAGGAGCUGGACACUCUGCUCAAGGAUCUGUUUGAGAAGAACAAAAUGGUGGUGGACGCUAAGAGCUUGUCGAGCUACAAGAAGAGCAUCAUGGCCCUGUCCGAUGGAGGCAGACUGUACCGCACGGAGCUGGAGAUCGUCAUCUGCAAGGACCCGUCCGUCUGACCAAUCACAGUGCAGCUCUCUCCUCAUCGUCCAAUCACCACCAGUUUAGGUGCAUGUGCUGGUUCUGUCCUUCCCCUUCCACGCCCAUCAGAGUGAUGUUAGUGGCCACGCCCAUUUCCGAACAAACCCCUCCCACUCAUAAUAACCCGCCUAUAUUGCUUUGUGAUUGGCACCUCUUGAUGUUCUGAAGCAGCCUUUUUUUAAGGAACUUUUCAACAUGACUGUUGGAGGAAUGAAUAUAUGUCACUUCACUGUAAAAGAAAACAUUAUUUAUCUCUGUACUUAUUUAUUGAUUUAUUUUAAAUGUUAAUAUUAUUGUUUCCAAUGAAGUUAGUGUAUCUCUUUUUCAUCCUCAUUUCAACAUUAUCUUCUUUCUCUCUCCUCUAUUUCUCUCUCUCUCUCUGUUUUCUCUCCGUCUCUCCUCUAUCAUUGUGUAGUUCUUUCUCAUCUCUCUCAUUCUCUCUCUCCCCCCAUCUCUCUCCUCCUCUGUGCUUUGCUUCUGUUUGUUUUAAGUCGCCUGAGACCGGAGUCUUGCACUGUUCUACUGAGGCACUGCCUGGGAGCAUCAGUAAAGAUCUAGAGGAAAUGUU